GUUCGCCGGAUUCGUUCCGGCUGUGUGCACAAUCCGGAGCGAGAUGGGUGAAAAAGAUGGCGGUGGGCACGGAGCGCUCAGGGGAUGCGGACUCCGUUAGACUCGUGAAGGUAUAGAGCGCCGAGCGACAAACUCGCGGCUUGUCCGCGCGAGCCUCGUAGCACGCCAGGUCAGGCCCAGCCGGACACUUUCGACUGCAUGUCGGUGGGCUCUGCGACAAGUGACAGACGAGGACAGAGUUAAGUGUGUGUGUGAGAGACAGUCGGAGAGAAAGAGAGCGAGAAGAGGAGUGGGGGCGUGAGGGGCACCGCGGCCUUGGGGGAUGUUCUCCGUACUCUCCUAUGGCAGACUGGUUGCCAGGGCUGUCCUGGGUGGACUUUCCCAAACAGAUAGCCGGGAUUACAGCCUGGUGACCGCCAGCUGCGGCUUCGGCAAAGACUUCCGGAAGGGCAUCUUGAAGAAAGGCAUGUGCUACGGGGAUGACGCCUGCUUCGUAGCCCGGCACAGGACCGCCGACGUCUUGGGUGUGGCUGACGGCGUCGGUGGUUGGAGAGAUUAUGGCGUCGACCCUUCUCAGUUCUCAGGGACGCUUAUGCGAACAUGUGAGCGGCUGGUCAAAGAGGGCCGAUUUGUGCCAAGCAAUCCAGUGGGGAUCCUCACAACUAGCUAUUAUGAAUUACUCCAAAACAAAGUUCCUUUGUUAGGCAGCAGUACAGCAUGCAUCGUCGUCCUGGACAGACAGAGUCAUCGGCUCCAUACGGCCAAUUUGGGCGAUUCUGGCUUCCUUGUAGUGCGCGGUGGCGAGGUAGUCCACCGUUCUGAUGAGCAGCAGCACUACUUCAACACGCCAUUCCAGCUGUCGAUAGCACCACCUGAAGCAGAGGGGGUGGUCUUAAGUGACAGCCCGGAAGCAGCAGACAGCUCUUCUUUCGACGUACAGCUUGGUGACAUCAUACUUACAGCAACAGAUGGUCUGUUUGAUAACAUGCCGGACUAUAUGAUCUUACAGGAGCUUAAGAAGCUAAAGAACAGCAACUAUGAGAGCAUACAGCAGACGGCACGGAGCAUUGCAGAGCAAGCCCAUGAGCUGGCUUAUGAUCCAAAUUAUAUGUCCCCGUUUGCACAGUUUGCGUGUGACAAUGGAUUGAAUGUACGAGGAGGUAAGCCAGACGACAUCACCGUUUUACUGUCUAUAGUCGCUGAGUACACAGACUAGCCAGCACUUUGGGCUCUCUUGUCUUCCUGUCUCCUCCUGUGUUCUGGACUGUUUCCUGCUGGCAGGAUGUGGACUCAACCUUCAGGACUCUGGACCACUGGGACAUUGUCAAGGCCCAACCAGAGCCUCCUUGUCUUGAAUUGUUGGGAUUACCUCUGCCAGGAGCCACGUACGGCAAAGUGGUCUGUUACUGAGGUGACCUGGGAUGUGAAAUUUGACUUCAAAUGAAAAGCCCCACUGUGUUUUCAAGGAAUUUUUCUGCCCACUGCAGUAUCCUAGUGUGAUUUGUUUUGGUGUAUCUCAAGAUUGAACUAGAAAGUACAGGAUGGCAUAAAAGCAAAAAAUUCAUAGUCUGCAAUAUAAAUGUCAAGGAAUGUUGUAGGAUUUGAUGCUCAUGGUUGUCUCGACUAUAAGCCCCCCUUAUUAGAUUGUGGUCAUAUAGCAAAAUACUCAAGUGCUUUAUAUGAAAGGGGUUGGCACUAAAUGAGCUGCCUUGGUUUGUUACCAGGGCUGAUCCUUGGAAGUUUUUCCACUCAAGAUGGCUCAGUGCGUUGAAGAAUCAGCUUUACACUUAUGCCAUGUGGAGCCGUGGGCUGUUAGGCCAUGGCCACGUCUCCUCUGCCAUUUGGAUUUCUGGAUGGCUGCUGGUAUCGUUGUGUAAAUGGGAGACACUUCGUCGCUGUUUGAUUUGAGGUGGGGUGAUGUCAUUGACUCGCCCCUGCAUUCCUAGAGUUCCCCGUCACCUAGACCUGCCAGUACUUGAUGGGACAUUUGUGUGUUUUUAUCAGAAUAAUAACCUGCAGAUUUUAACAACGGACGCUUGUCUGAUGUUUGGAUCUGCACAGACUACCUUUUCAAAUUGGAGCCUGCUCCCAGUUGCCUUGUCAGCCAGUCGGGGAAUGUAGUUAGAAGUUGAAGGGGUAGAAUUUAAUGUUCGAUUAUAUGCUUGACUGCUGGGUCAUGCACAGAGGUAUUUAUUAAACAUGUGACCCUAAGAAAAGCGGCCUUAGCGAUUUUGAUUAACACGGUUAGUUUGAAGAGCCGUAGCUAAGGGUGCGGUCAGCUACUUGGUGUCUUGUAUAAUAAACGGGAAAAUAGCUUAGCAAUCAGAUGAGCUAGUGGAGCGAGACUCCCUCGUGUGUGAGUGUGCGUGUUCAGUUUUUGAAAACUAUUGGAAUUAUUAAAGGGACUAGAUAGAGUAAAGUAUGUGUUCAAAUCUUCGGGCUCCUGGAUUGAAUGAACAGAUCGACGUUUUUGCUUUUCAAUUCCUCUGCUGGUUUGCCCAGAAAUGCAGUUUUUGGUAAAUCUUAAGACUAUUCGUGACUGGAUCCACUUUGAAGUGGAAGCGAGUUGUCGCUCUGCACCUUUGCCACAUUUGAGAAGUUCACUGAUUUUUUUUUUUUUUUUUUCUCUUUCUUUCUUUCAGAUUUUAAAAUGCCUAUAAAAAGUGGCUUUUCUAAACCUCUAGUCCCCCAAAUCCCUCUAAAAUAUUUUAUUUUUUAAUUGGGGAAUAGUCGAGGCUCGAACGGACGUCCUGUCUGCCUUUGUAGGAUUUACAGAUGUCACUUUUAUUUGGCUAGAAUAUGUUUUGGGUUUUAAAUUGAGGCCUUCUCUUGAGCUCUGUGUGUGUGUGUAGCGGUCUCGGCACAGAGGUCGUGGGCCCCAGAAACUGUGUCUCUGUCGUGUGUUUGAUGUUGUGGUAUGAGUCUCGUCUGUACUGCUGAAUUGAACUUAUCGGUCAGUGUGUGUGUGGACUUCAGCAGUCUCUCCGUUGAAUGAAGAGGUCUCCUGUUUAACCCCCCAACGCCGCCUUUUUGUUUAGAGUUUUAAGAGAUGCUCUUAACGCACAAGAACAAUACUUGCAUCUGGUGGUGGUGGUGGUGGUUAGUUUUGUCAGACCAGGUAUUAAUAAAGGUAUAUUUUUAUACGUUUAGGUUUAAAAUGUGGUCUGCUAGUUUUUAGUAGAGGUCCUUUUAAAGAAGAGGCCCUCGUUUCCACCUGUCCUUUUGUUGCACGCACACAAAUGUUUCAUUUUUGCAGUCAUUUCUGGUUUGCCCCUCUUCCGAAAGCCAUCUUUAAUAAAUAUGCCUAUAGAUAUUUUAAAUCAGGUAAUUCUGGGGAAAAGUCGUCCAAUAAAAAUGAUUUCAUGUGUUAGAUAUCAGCAUUGUUGUUGCUAUAGAAUUGUACUGUAUAUUUGCAUAACUUGUGCAGCUUUUGUAUUUAAUUUAAAAUAUGACUUUACAUGUACUAUGUACAUGUUUGUACAUUAUUUAAAUUCCCAUCAUGUUCAUAAAAGGGUCCUCCAUGCCCCCCCACCGCAGCUUAGCACUCAGAGUUUGACUUUUGUUUGAGUAAUUGCGCUUUCAGAAGCUGCCUUUUACAGAGUGUUUCGUUUCUUCUCUUUUCUUUUAAUCUCCGGUCUAAUCUUUGAACGUCGCCAGAGACCUGCCUGCCAGUGGAGGCCUCUGCUCCUUUCCAUCCUCAGAGUCUUUGGACUGCAGGUCGUGCGUUGAAAGUGUGCCUCAUGUGCGUUGAUUUGAAGUUCCUCCUCUGUAGUUUGAGGCCAAGUGGUCCAAGACGUCAGACCGAGCCACUGGUGUUCCUUUCAUGCGUGUGUUUGUCUCUUGAUGUGGGUAGUGGUGACUGCGUCACUUUAACAUCCUCAUCAAAGAGGAGGAGAGCUAACUGUUGCUCAAAAUAGCAGGUGGAUGUUUUCGUUAAAUAUGAUUGUGGCAGGUGCACCAAAGAUCAUUUUGUUUCCUUGCAUCUUUUUAUAGAGCAAUACUGUAAGAAAAAAAAAACAAUUGUUUGGCUUCACUAGCCCUCCCCCUAAGAAGCUGCUUUGAACAUAUCCAGCAUUUCAUGUGCUGCAUCUCUACAAAAGCCAACUGCGCACAAAUACAAAAAAGGCCUGUGGCCGUCAGCCGAUGGAUUCACAAGAGAAUUGCGUGUUUGUAAAGGCAAACUUGUUGGAAUGAAAAUCCACUUUGGUGAUAUUCACAUGGACCUGAAGGAGACGAUCGGUCCACAGUUUGUAUCACAGGUGGUCACUUACUUCAUUCAGAGCGAGUGUCGGAUCACUUGCGGAUUGUCUGGUGUGUCACUCUUUUACUCUUAGGAGUAUUUUGUUAAACCAAGGCCAUUUGUAAGACAAGCUACCUCUGUUGAAGGCCGUCUUGCCUUGCGGAAUACAUUUUACUGUACCGUGCUGCUUUAAUGUUCAAUUCUGCUGUGACUGGAUCCUUGCAGUCUGAUUACAGAGAGUGCAGGGACAUAUUGACCUGUGUGGAGAAAUCAAAAUUCAAUUGAAAACAUGCAACCUGAAAGGCAUUCCUUCUGAAAAACCAAUCUACCUUCAUCACCUUAGCUACAGUUGACUUUUGGAGCAGUUGUUGUCAUAAAUCUGAUUUCACAGUGACUAUGCGUGAAGUAAAAAAAAAAGACUGCAAAGCAGCCGAGUUACUCAAACUCGUGUUUGCAUUGUCCAAUCUAUAAAACAAAACAAAAAAACUAAAUAUGAAGUGAAGCUCAAAGCAGUUCACCAAUGCAGUGGACGUGAUAUCCGCCUUAAUAUUUAAUGUGAUUUCCAUUUGUGUUAAACGCCUUUACUGCAAAGCUAGCUUGUCAGUUCACACACACGCACAGACCCUGGUUUUCUAUGUCUUGAUAUAAACAUUCUCUACUUAAGGUGCUUCUGCUGUUGACAAGAAUUCUGCUUUCUCACUCUUGGUGAUGGUGUGUUAACUGCACAUGCUUUUUGUUGUGCAAACCAAUAAUGCAGGAAUCGUUUCUGUAAAUAUGUUUUAAGAGCUGUAAAAUAUUUAAAUAAAGAAUAUAGUAUUUAUACUAA